AUGAGUAGUUCACAUAAAAAGCCCACACCUUUAAGCCCAACUGCCGCACGCACGGUAGAACUAACGAACACACGAGCAGCUUUUCGAACAGAAUUUGAAGAAAGUCUUGGGUGUAUGUAUUCUUCUUUGAAAGCCUAUUCCGGGAAAGUUGAUGGAAGGUACAAUGCGGUAAAACUAGAAGAAGGUGUAUAUUUUCAGUAUCCGGAUAAUAUCGAAUUGGAGGGUUCUUUAUAUCGUAAAGCUCAAGCGGUACUGAAAGAGAUUAUAAGUUCGGAACCGGAAUUAGCCCAGGACGUUAAGUCGGGUAAAAAGGAUUUGGAGGCGUUGGAAGAACAUCCAAAGCCAUCGCUUUCAUAA